AUGUCAGGUUUGGUUUUCCCAACGCCCGUUCGUGGUAGCACAGUUGAUGUGCUGGGUCUCCGAUGGCCUCCUCCAGUCCGGCGCCCGUCGGAACAAGAAAUUUCCUUGGAAAUCGAGUGCUUGUGUAGCAAGGUUUCUGCUACGAUCCACGGCCCUGUCCCCGUUCACCGCAUCUGUCAUUGCCACCAAUGCAAGCAAAUCACCGGUGGCACAUACGGCCAGUUCUUGCUUGUUCGUAACAACAGCAUGCUUACCUGGAGGUGUAACACCGCUGAAUUGAAGGCUUUCUCUUACUAUGUCGGAGAAGACGAAUCGGAGAAUAACGUCAAGAACGUCUUUCGCUGCCCCAAGUGUUUCACUCCGAUUUUCAUCGGCCAGGGAAACCCAAAUUCCAACAGAAUGCUGUUCUUCGUCGGCUGUCUGGCUGAUCCUACAUGGUUGAACAACCACAAGCCCGAAUAUGAGCUCUCCACGGAAGACAGAUGCGCUUGGGUGCCGUUUAUAGCUCAGCCCUUAGCUUCAUCUCCCAAGCCAGAACCCAAGUCGAAAUAG